AUGGGUCACCGAGAGGGUCGUCUCCGACAGUGCUUUGUUGACGCCAGCAACGAUGGCCACACGUUAGUGGGCGACGAGAUUCGCCGGUUUGUGACCUUGGUCGCCGCCACCGGUUACGGGAAGCUGCUUACCGCCGAUAAACUCGCCGUGGUCGACACGUUACCCCGCGAGUGCCAGUUGACGUGGGACGACGCCGCCGAGUUUAUCGCCACCCUCAGCGGCAGCGACGACCCCCCUAAGCCGCCGGGGGAGCCGCACCCGUUGGCCGACUUGUUGUGCCGCUGGCUCGACCAGCCGGCGCCGCCGUCGCCAGUUAUUGAUCCUCGCGUCGUGGACCCUAUAACCAAUACGCCUGGUGGUGACUUGCGCCUUCAGAGCGAAUACAUCGAGUGUUUGGAGCAGCAACGGCGGCGGGGGACUCGCAGCCGCCGCCAGGCCGACCUCGAGGCCACCAUCAUUGGUUUAGGCGACGAGGAUGUUCGACGUUCUCGAAACGCCGCCGCCGUCGCCCACCUCCCUCGCGUCGUCCGCUUGCCACCAGUAACGACGUCAGGGUGGCGAGACCGGCGCGUCAUUGCCGGGGCGGUGGCGGUGGUGGCGGUCGCUGGGUGGCUCUUGCGGUAUGCCCACGCGGUGGCGUCGAUCGGCGCCGCCAUGCCUCUCUGGGCUGAGGUCUACGCCCGCUUGGUGGAGCCGGGCCCCGAGUUCUACCGGCGCUACCGGUACUCAUAG